AUGCUGCUGCGUUCGGCCGCGCUCUGCCGCGCCCUGCUGGCCCGCCGGGGGAGGGCGGCCGGGCUGUGUUGGAAGCACGUCUCCUCCCUCCACGUGGCCAACGAGCCCGUCUUGGCGUUCACGCGGGGCAGUCCCGAGCGAGAUGCGCUGCAGAAGGCCCUGAAGGAGCUGAAGGGCCAGACGGAGGCCAUCCCUUGCGUGGUGGGGGACGAGGAGGUGUGGACCUCAGAUGUGAGGUACCAGGUGUCGCCCUUUAACCAUGGACACAAGGUGGCCAAGUUCUGCUAUGCAGACAAGGCGCUGCUCCUCAGAGCCAUCGAGGCUGCCUUGGCUGCCAGGAAGGAGUGGGACCUGAAGCCUGUGGCCGACCGGGCACAAGUCUUCCUGAGGGCGGCCGACCUGCUGAGCGGGCCACGCAGGGCCGAGGUCUUGGCCAAGACCAUGGUGGGGCAGGGGAAGACGGUGAUCCAGGCGGAGAUCGACGCCGCGGCUGAACUCAUCGACUUCUUCCGCUUCAACGCCAAGUUUGCGGUGGAGCUGGAAGGCGAGCAGCCCCUCAGCGUGCCGCCCAGCACCAACAGCGUGCUGUACCGGGGGCUGGAGGGCUUCGUGGCGGCCAUCUCCCCCUUCAACUUCACGGCGAUCGGCGGCAACCUGGCAGGGGCUCCCGCCUUGAUGGGCAACGUGGUCCUGUGGAAGCCCAGCGACACCGCCAUGCUGGCGAGCUACGCCAUCUACCGCGUCCUCAGGGAGGCCGGGCUGCCCCCCAACAUCAUCCAGUUUGUGCCGGCCGACGGGCCCACCUUCGGAGACACCGUCACCAGCUCAGAGCACCUGUGCGGCAUCAACUUCACAGGCAGUGUGCCCACCUUCAAACACCUGUGGAAGCAGGUGGCUCAGAACCUGGACCGGUUCCGAACCUUCCCACGCCUGGCCGGAGAGUGCGGGGGCAAGAACUUCCACUUCGUGCACUGCUCAGCUGACGUGGACAGCGUGGUGAGCGGGACCCUGCGCUCGGCCUUCGAGUAUGGCGGCCAGAAGUGCUCGGCCUGCUCCCGCCUUUAUGUACCCCGCUCGCUGUGGCCGCAGAUCAAAGGGCAGCUGCUGGAGGGGCUCCGUGGGAUCAAAGUGGGCAACCCUGCAGAGGAUUUUGGGACCUUCUUCUCUGCCGUGAUUGAUGCCAAGUCCUUCGGCCGCAUCCGCAAGUGGCUGGAGCACGCCCGCUCCUCGCCCAGCCUCACCAUCCUGGCCGGGGGCCAGUGUGACGACUCUGUGGGCUACUUUGUGGAGCCCUGCAUCAUCGAGAGCAAGGACCCCCAGGACCCCAUCAUGAAGGAGGAGAUCUUCGGUCCUGUGCUGGCCGCGUACGUCUACCCAGACGAGGACUACCAGGAGACGCUGCGGCUCGUGGACAGCACCAGCAGCUACGGCCUCACGGGGGCAGUGUUCGCCCAGGACAGGGACGUUCUCCGGGAGGCCACAGCGCUGCUGAGGAAUGCUGCUGGCAACUUCUACAUCAACGACAAGUCCACCGGCUCGGUGGUGGGCCAGCAGCCCUUCGGGGGGGCCCGAGCCUCGGGGACUAACGACAAGCCGGGCGGCCCCCACUAUGUCCUGCGGUGGACGUCGCCCCAGGUCAUCAAGGAGACACACGGGCCUCUGGGGGACUGGCGCUACCCGUACAUGCAGUGA